AACAGAGUCCUCUUGCGGAUUUGCGUGAAAAAUUUUGCGGUGGAUUGACGUGUCUUCUGUGUUUUGGAAAGUUUUUUUUCUGGGAAUUUUCACAGGAAACUAUGUGGAAUUGGUUGGUAGUUCUGGUUCUGGGUCUUCAUUGCAGCCAUGCACUGUACUUUCACAUCGCCGAAACGGAGAGGAAGUGCUUCAUUGAGGAGAUUCCGGAUGAGACGACAGUGAUUGUUAAUUACAAGGUGGAAUUGUAUGAUCCACGAUCUGGGGGCUUUAUGCCAUCGAGUCCGGGUAUUGGGAUGCAUGUGGAAGUCCGUGAUCCGGACGACAAGACAAUUCUGUCGAGAGUGUACAGUUCCGAGGGGCGAAUUUCCUUCACAUCGCAUACACCGGGAGAGCAUGUGAUCUGUAUGUACUCAAAUAGUAGCGCCUGGUUCAGUGGAUCACAGCUGAGGGUGCACCUGGACAUUCAGGUGGGAGAACACGCCAUAGACUAUGCCAAUGUGGCCCAAAAAGAGAAAUUGUCAGAGCUCCAACUGAGAAUGCGACAAUUGCUGGAUCAAGUGGAUCAGAUCACCAAGGAACAGAACUAUCAAAGGUAUCGUGAAGAGAGAUUCCGGCAAACCAGUGAAAGCACAAAUUCCAGGGUACUCUGGUGGUCUCUGGCACAGACUCUGGUCCUCCUGGCCAUGGGAUUCUGGCAGAUGCGUCACCUGAAGAGCUUCUUUGAGGCCAAGAAGCUCGUCUAGCCUUCAUUCGAGAGUCACAAAACUCCCAUCUUUCUCUCGUUAAUUUAAUUCUUGGAAACAAAAAAAAUCCUAAUUAAAUGGUGAUUUCUUCACAAA